AUGCCGAGUGCAGCCAAAGCUGCUGGGAGUGCAGCUAUGAGAAUACGAUCUGUGGCGGAUGAGGCAAAGGACUUGAUUGCAGCGCGCGAUGACCUGCCUGCUGCUUCACUCUACUAA